AUGCCGCCCCGCAAGAGGUCGCAGCCCUCUGCGGCCAGCCAGGCUCGGCGCCCGUCGGAGGCUUCCAGUCAGUCAGCCGCCGAACAACUUAAACGAAAGCGUCCUUCUUUCGCUGCCACGGACUCGAAAGAGCAGUCCGAAUCCAAUGCCGCGAAGGCCGAUGAUCAGCUUCCCAAAUACAAGCCCAAGGAUCCCUUCGAUGCGCUUCUGGAGCCCUUCUACUACAACAAGUCCCUGACCGACCCGAUUGACACCGCCAAGGACAAAUGGAACCUCCUCCCGGCUUUCCUCAAAGUCAAGGGUCUGGUGAAGCAGCACAUUGACUCAUACAACUAUUUCGUCGAAGUUCAACUGAAGAAGAUCGUGGAGUCGAGCUCGACUAUCCGCAGUGAUGUGGACCACCAAUUUUAUAUCAAAUUUACCGAUAUCUACGUCGGCUCGCCGCGACGUUCCGAUGAGACCCAGGACUCUGGUAUCGAUUUUCAGUCAGACGUGACACCCCAGGAGUGCCGGCUUCGCGAUACGACUUACGCGGCGCCUAUCUUGGUCGAUUUUGAAUAUGUUCGUGGUCGCCAAAGAGUUAUUCGACGGGGUGUCUCUAUCGGUCGGAUGCCGGUAAUGCUCCGUAGCUCCAAGUGUGUGUUGGCGAACAAGUCACCCGCGCAAAUGACGGUCCUCAACGAAUGCCCGCUAGACCCGGGUGGUUACUUUAUCGUGAAUGGUACAGAGAAAGUCAUUCUCGUCCAGGAGCAGCUGAGCAAGAACCGUAUUAUCGUGGAAACGGACCCGAAGAAAGAGAUUGUCCAGGCCUCGGUCACCAGUUCUUCGAACGAGCGCAAGUCGAAGAGUUACAUCGUUCUGAAGAAGGACAGACUUCACGUGAAGCACAACGUGCUUAGCGAAGACAUUCCGAUCGUGGUGCUGCUGAAAGCUAUGGGAAUCCACACCGAUAAGGAGAUGCUGCAGCUGGUUGCCGGCUCCGACGCUUUGUACCAAGACGACUUCGCCAUCAACUUCGAGGAGGCAAUCAACCUGGGUAUUUUCACCCAACAGCAAGCCCUGGAGUGGAUCGGCACUAGAAUCAAGAUCAACCGAAAGCAAGGCGCUUACCGCCGGACACAUGUGCAGGAAGCUGUCGAGGCGAUUGCUUCCGUCAUCAUCUCCCACAUCGAGGUCAAGGAUAUGAACUUCCGACCAAAAGCCAUCUACGUCGCUCACAUGGCGCGUCGUGUGUUGAUGGCCAAGAAUGACGCGACUAUGGUGGAUGACCGCGAUUACCUCGGAAACAAGCGUUUGGAACUGGCUGGUCAGUUGCUGGCUUUGCUUUUCGAAGAUCUGUUCAAGAAAUUCUGCUUCGACAUCAAGAUGAACAUCGACAAGGUCUUGAACAAGCGCAACCGAGCCGAACAGUUCGAUGCAUGGAGUGUCAUGAGUAUGCAUGGCAAUCACAUCACUCAGGGCAUGAACCGAGCUAUCUCGACGGGUAACUGGAGCUUGAAGCGUUUCCGCAUGGAGCGUGCUGGUGUAACCCACGUCCUCAGUCGACUGAGCUACAUUGCUGCGCUCGGUAUGAUGACUCGUAUUAGCAGUCAGUUCGAGAAGACUCGGAAAGUCUCCGGCCCUCGUGCUCUGCAGCCAUCCCAGUUUGGUAUGCUGUGUCCUGCUGAUACACCCGAAGGAGAGGCUUGCGGUCUGGUCAAGAACUUGGCCCUUAUGACGCAUAUCACCACCAACGACGAGGAGGGCCCAGUGCGAAACUUGAUUUUCAUGCUGGGUGCAGAGGACAUUUCAACCGUCAGUGGCAUGCAACUCUAUGCACCGGGAUCCUACACCAUCUCAAUUAACGGUACACCGACUGCUUUAACACGACGGCCGAAGUAUUUCCUCAAUGCAUUCCGCAGGCUACGCCGCAUGGGCCGAAUUUCGGAGUUUGUCAGCAUUUACAUCAACCACCAUCAGCGAGCUGUUCACAUUGCGACUGAUGAUGGCCGGAUCUGCCGGCCUCUCAUUGUCGUCGAGAAUGGCCAAUCGCGAGUCCGUCGUCACCAUCUUAAGAAGUUGCGAGACGGCACCAUGCAAUUUGACGAUUUCCUUGCGCAGGGUCUGGUCGAGUAUCUGGACGUGAACGAAGAGAACGAUUCUUACAUCUCCAUUUACGAAAAGGACAUCAACGAUGCCACCACGCAUCUCGAGAUCGAGCCUUUCACUGUCCUUGGCGCCGUUGCCGGUCUCAUUCCCUACCCUCACCACAACCAGUCUCCUCGAAACACUUACCAGUGUGCCAUGGGUAAACAAGCUAUUGGUGCGAUUGCCUCGAACCAGUUCCAGCGCAUUGACUCCAUCCUCUAUCUUAUGGUGUACCCCCAGAAACCCAUGGUCAAGUCGCGAACCAUCGAACUGACCAAGUACGACCAACUGCCUGCUGGGCAGAAUGCGACCGUGGCUGUGAUGAGUUACUCUGGCUACGAUAUUGAGGAUGCUCUGGUUCUGAACAAAGGCUCGGUGGACCGUGGGUUCGGACGUUGCCAGGUCUUCCGCAAAUAUGUCACCAAUUUGAAGAGUUACCCCAAUGGGCUGAGAGACCGUCUGCAUGGACCGGAAUAUGAAAAUGAUGCUCCGAUCCGCAAACAUGCACUCCUUGAGAGCGACGGUUUGGCUGCAGUCGGUGAAGAAGUCAAGGCUGGCGAAGUCUACAUCAACAAGGUUACUCCUGACGCAGCGCAAACCAUGGGCAUUCCGGGCUCCGACUCCGGUAAACCAGUGGACUGGAAACCGAUGCCCAUGACCUACAAGCUCCCGGACCCUGCCUACAUCGACAAAGUCAUGGUUUCGGCUACCGAGGGCGAGACUCAGCUCCUCAAGGUGCUGACCCGACAGACCCGUCGUCCGGAGGUCGGCGAUAAGUUCUCCUCCCGUCACGGUCAGAAGGGUGUGGUGGGUAUCAUCGUGGACCAAGCCGAUAUGCCAUUCACCGACCAGGGUAUCAACCCCGACAUUAUCAUGAACCCCCACGGUUUCCCCUCUCGAAUGACGGUCGGAAAGAUGCUGGAGCUAGUUGCCGGCAAAGCAGGUGUCCUGUCUGGACAGCACGGUUACGGUACCUGCUUCGGCGGUAGCCCUGUCGAGGAAAUGUCUCAGAUCCUGAUUGAUCACGGCUUUAGCUAUGGUGGCAAGGACAUGCUCACCUCUGGUAUCACGGGCGAGCCGCUUCCCUUCUACGUCUUCACCGGUCCGAUCUACUACCAGAAGCUCAAGCACAUGGUUCAAGAUAAGAUGCACUCGCGUGCGCGUGGACCAACAGCUACGCUUACUCGCCAGCCCACCGAAGGUCGUUCGCGUGACGGUGGUCUUCGUCUCGGUGAGAUGGAACGUGACUGUCUGAUCGCCUACGGUACCAGCCAGCUUCUGCUCGAGCGUCUGAUGAUCUCCUCCGAUCGCCACGAGGUCGACGUUUGUGAGAAGUGCGGUUUCAUGGGUUACCUGAACUGGUGCUCGCGGUGCAAGUCGUCUCGUUCGGUUGUGAAGAUGGUCCUCCCAUACGCCGCGAAGCUUCUCAUCCAGGAACUUAUGAGUAUGAACGUUUCUGCUCGUCUGAAGCUGGAGGAUGAGUUCCCAGAGAUGAAGGGCCGAUAG